AAGCUAGCUUGAUAGGAAAGACGGCCGUAGAGCAGCAACCUAUCAUAGCAAAUAAGUCCCAGUGAGCCUUGGUAUACGAGAGGCGGCGGUCCUUCUUUGCGCGGUCCCGAAGUAGGUCCGAUUUUCUCGCCAAGAGUCAUGACGUCCCUCAAAAAAACGUUCCACCAAUAUCUAAAGAAGAGGGGACGUUGUCUCAAGCUGUCCGCGUACACCGCGUCCCUGGGAAGCGGUUUGUUGGUAGCCGUGCUUGGGUACUGCCUUCGAGAACGACUCGAGGUGCUCGGCAUCGUGGAGAGGCAGGACUGGGAACUGGAAGGGCGCCGUCAAUACCUCGUGGGACUGGCAGCCACAACCGUGGUGCUGGGUUUCAUUUGCACCUUGGCCGCCGUUCUUGGUAUCGGAAAUUUGCUGCUGGAUUUGAGUGCCCACAUAACGUUGGACAUUAUCUUCGGAGUCCUCGCCCUGGCUGAAGUCGGAGUUGCUUUGGCAAGCUUUUUGCUCAGGACAUGGGUUAACUCCGACAUUGCGCCCGAAAGAGCCGACUGCGAGGAAGACCUGAGGAACGCCGUCAUUGUGACCGGCAGACUGCUUCCAAUGAUAGGCUUCCUGUUCUUGGCGUCCGCAGUAUCCCAGAGUUUAUGCAUUGCAAUAAACCGUGUAGAGAGCUCACGAGCCGGAAAUCAUGCCAAUCAUGAAGGAACCGGCAAUCCCGAGAAGGAGGAAAUGAACACAAUGAACCAAAUUACCGCGGCCAUGAGCAAGAGUAAUUCCGGGAACGGCAACGUCAACUGCUCCAACUUGCUGUCUGGUCAGCCUCAGUCGGAAGGAAACGGGGUAUAUAUCGUCUCGAGCACGACGCGAAUGGACUCUCUAUCGGUCACGACCAAAACAUCAUUUGAAAUGGCCAGCACCGAAGUGACCCGAGACGCGUUCAGCGAGGUUACCACCGCUGCGCCCUUCCGGCAGCAAUCGUCCGGCGGAGAACCAAGACUGGAGCGCCCAGAGUUCAGCGGCUACUACGACAACGAGGAAGAGUGUAGCCCGCGCUUCAACGUCUUGCCAGCAUUUGCGACUGUUCCUAGUGCUCCGUCAGUGCUAUGAAUAUCGGUUAAAGCAGGAAAUGGGCUACACUAAUAGAGUAAGGUGCCCCACAAGGGAUGCUGAAGCCUUAAUGCAGCCGUUAGAGCCUCCUUGCUCUUGGCGUAGUUAUUGAUUGGAGUCCUGUCGUAAAAGAGGCGAAACUAGCCGAAUUUGCGAUAAAAAAUGCGCGUAACACUGCUGGUACUUGUAGAACCGGUAUAGUCGGGAAAUACUGGGAGCCCUUAUCUUUGUUUUGAAUGCAGUAGCAUUAACUCUGCCAUGUGAAUGCCUAGAAUAAUACGUAGCAACCAGCAGAGAUUCUGGGUUAAUUGCUCUCGAUACCGAUGGGGUAUACGGGAGAAGCUUCAACUGUUGGUGUUUGAGUGAAGCGAUUAAGGCUUAGCCGGUCUUGGUCGCCUCAUGCUGGUUUUGUAACUGAAAUAUCAACAGGCGGUCCUUUACGCCACAGGUAGCAUGCGAUUGCAAUGUAUGUCACCUAUAGCAUGCGAUUGCAAUGUAUGUGCAGCUGCUCGGAUAACGCAAGAAACGAGUGCCUCCUUUUUGAUUUUUAGUCUCCAUUUUUGCACGGCAACUACUAAGAAACACAAAUGCGGGUCAAAAACAAACGAAAAACAAAAAGAUACUGUCUGUUGUUUUUUUUUUUAUCAUUGGCAUACGAACCUCAAGACAUAAAAUGCGCUGGUUUACUUACUUUCAUGAAGCAAUAAAUUUGCAUAAGGAAUGUUUCAUGUCUUUUGCGUGCGCGCUGCCUGUUUUAAACGACACGGCUGCAAUAUUGAAUAAAG